AUGCUCAUGAUCAUUCUGUGUGUUACUUCAGUCAUACUUAGUACCGUGCCAACUGUUAUCAUGGGCAUCCUUUUGCCCUCACUCUCCAAAGCUUACUCAAUAUGGAGUCGGCUGGAGAUGACCGUGUUCUUCAUCCAGGAGACUAGUAUGAACGCCGCCUACAUGUGGCAAGCGAGGAAAAUGCUCCACAGCAGUGCCAUUCUCACAUCACCCGGAGCUGGAAAGCAUAAUCUGGUCCUGUACCAUAUGAUAUUCAGCAACCUUCUCGUCAUUCUAUUGGACAUCGCCCUACUCGGAAUACAGUUCGCGUCGUUCUUCAAUCUCCAGGGUUCGUUCAAGCCGCUCGUCUAUGGUAUCAAGCUCAAGGUGGAGUUCGCAAUUCUCAACCGGCUAGUACAGAGCGUUCAGAAGGAACGAAAGGGCUCUGGGGAUGGCAGCGGGAGAACCAUGGCAACUUACCGCAUCGUUGCCCUUGUGAAAGGAGCCUAG